AUGUAUUAAGACUAGAUAUCCUUGGCUGACUUUGUAUUAUAGGAAGCAAGAGAAAAAUGCUUUGAGAUUGAAGUUAAGGCAUUUAAACAAUUUGAGAAUGAGAAAAAGCUAAUAGUGGAGAGGGAGAAGGCAAACAUUCAGGAAGAAAUCAAUACAAAGUUUAAGAAGAAGGCAUAAUAAGAAAGAAUUAAACAUAGUGCUCUUGUGAAUGGGGCAAGGAUGAGACUGAUGAAUGCGAGGAAUUAAGCAUUAAUGAAGAUCUAUUCUGAUUCAUAAUACUAAAUCUAUAAGAUGAUUAGAUAGGACGAGCGAUUUUAUGAAGAAUUGCUCAAGAAUUUGAUUGUGCAAGGGUUAAUUAAAUUAUUUGAACAUGAGGUUGUAAUUAGAUGUUUACAUCGAGAUAUCAGACACGUUAAGAAUGUGACGGAAGAUGCCAUCGCUGAAUUUCAGGAUAUCUUGAGAAAAGAAUUAAAUGGACUUGAGUUCGAAGUCAAAAUAGAUGUGGAUGAGGAUAAAUGUUUGGAUGAGAGAAUUCUCUUAGAUAAUUCCUUAAAGGGAGUUCAAGACUAUUCCUUACAAGAAUCUGCCUCUGAGGUUAUUUCUAAAACAGAGAAUGAUAAGAAAUGUUUUGGGGGAAUAUUAAUGACUAAUAAGGACGGUCUGAUCGUUUGCAAAAACACAUUGGAUGUCAGAACAGAUUAAACAUUUUAAGACUCAUUACCAAUAAUUAGGAGUGCAUUAUUUGGAAAGUGA